CAUUGGCAAGAAGAAAAAUCAUGGCGGCUGCACCGUCUAGUUUGGGGACACAUUUCAAGGAAGAACUGUCCUGCAGCAUCUGCCUGGAGCUGUUCACCAGGCCAAAGGUGCUGCCAUGUGGACACAUCUUCUGUCAGGACUGUCUGCACGACCUGGCAAGUAGACAACUGCCUCUCUUGUGCCCAAUCUGUCGUCGGCAGGUCAGGCCACCACCCCAGGGGUUCGCAGGUUUGCCCGACAGUCACAUCAUAGCCAGCAUGUGUGAGAGACUUCAACAGCAGGCUACACUGUUUGAGGAAACAAGGGAACAACAACCCCAGUCUGCAAACAGGUGCAGUUCUCACCCUUCUGAGGUACUCAAACAGUUCUGUAAACAAUGUCAGAUUCCAAUUUGCGAACAGUGUUUUGAAGAGGCCCAUGAUGAUCAUCUCACAACAACCAUCAAAAAAGCUGCACAGGAAAGGAGUUCCACAGUCCAGGCCUUGAUCAAUGAGGGGAGGAACAUCUUAGAAAGUCACUUAAGCUUCAUCAGAAGUCUGAGGGAAAAAGAGAAAACCCUGAAUGAAAGGAAACAGCAGAGAGACAACAGCAUCAUUCAGGCCUACAACCAAAUGGUGCAGAAACUCACCCAGAGAAAAGACCACCUCUUGUCUGAAUCUGAAGAAAACCACACAAAAAACUUGGACAGAAUACAUACUGAAAGGGACCAAGUGUUGGCAGAUAUCAAUGAACUGUCUGCUGCCUGUGAUCGAGCAGAACAAGAACUGCAGCAGGGAUGGGUUGAGUUUCUCAGUCAGCAAACUGCUCUGACAGAGGUGGUAGGAAAGUACAGAGGAAAAGCAGCACCAACUCCUGUACAAACCCAGCCUGCUGUCUUUCAGCCCACAGACACCCCCGUGCCAGUAUUGGGACAUGUGACGGUCCAGUCUCUCCCAUCUGCACCAAUCCCAGAAGCACCUGCAGCAAGGGGCACAGGUCAUCACCAUGGUAAACAAAGGCAAGGGGAGUGUCAGCCUCAGAUGGUGACAUUUGGUGGACAUGGAUCAGGAACAGGGCAGUUUGGCCGUCCAUGGGGCGUUACAGUAUCAGAGAAAGGGGAGAUCUUUGUUGCAGACUGGGGGAACCAGAGAAUCCAAGUCUUCGCCCUGCAGGGAACAUUUGUCCGACAGUUCACAACAGUCGUGUCAGGUGAUCAGGACAUGAGACCAAAUGAUGUGGCCAUGGACGGGGAGGGGAACCUGUGGGUGGUGGGGUGGAUACGGUCUGCUGAUCAUGACUUUGCUGUGCAGUACAACAAACAGGGCAGCGUGCUGAGGAAGUUUGACCUACAGAAGACAGGGUGGGGGAGAGGAGUUACCGUGGACACCAGGAGGUACCACAUCCUCAUCACACAAACCACAGGAGACUUGGGCAACUGGCAAGGUGAAGUUUUGGUGUUCAGACCAGAUGGGACACUUGUGAGAACUGUGGGUCAGCAGCAGGGGAUGAAGUACCCACGGUACAUCACUGUGGAUGGGGAAGGGAACAUUCUUGUGUCAGACUGGGACAAUCACUGUGUCUAUGUGUACAACGAGGAUGGACAGUUUCUGUUCCAGUUUGGAGGUGAGGGAAGUGGUGAAAGUCAGCUGAACAAUCCCUAUGGCAUCUGUACAGACAGGGCAGGGAACAUCAUUGUGGCAGACGGGGGAAACAGUCGUGUGGAGAUGUUUGACAAGACAGGAAAAUUCCUCAAACGCAUCACUACAGACAUGGAGAGGCCAUGUGCUGUUGCCAUGGCAAUACAGGGACAGCUGGUAGUAACUGAUAAUUCAGAUGACACUCCUGCAGUCUUUCAGCCCACAGACACCCCCGUGCCAGUAUUGGGACAUGUGACGGUCCAGUCUCUCCCAUCUGCACCAAUCCCAGAAGCACCUGCAGCAAGGGGCACAGGUCAUCACCAUGGUAACCACAGGCAAGGGGAGCAUCAGCCCCAGAAGGUGACAUUUGGUGAAAAGGGGUCCGGAACAGGACAGUUCAAUGAUCCAUGGGGCAUUACAGUGUCAGAUGAAGGGGAGGUCUUUGUAGCAGGUAGGGGGAACCAGAGAAUCCAAGUCUUCACCUUACAGGGAACGUUUAUCCGACAGUUCCCAACAGUCGUGUCAGGUGAACAGGAGAUGAGACCAAAUGAUGUGGCCAUGGACGGAGAGGGGAACCUGUGGGUGGUGGGGGACACAGACUCCGCUAACUUUGCUGUGCAGUACGACAAACAGGGCAGGGUGCUGAGGGAGUUUGACCUACAGAAAACAAGGUGGGCGAGAGGAGUUGCCGUGGACACCAGGAGGAACCACAUCCUCAUCACACAAACCACAGGAGGCAUGGGCAACCUGCAUGGUGAAGUUUUGGUGUUCAGGCCAGAUGGGACACUUGUGAGAACUGUGGGUCAGCUGCAGGGGAUGAAGUUCUCAAUGUACAUCACUGUGGAUGGGGAAGGGAACAUUCUUUUGUCAGACAUUAGUAAUCACUGUGUCUAUGUGUACAACCAGGAUGGACAGUUUCUGUUCCAGUUUGGAGGUGAGGGAAGUGGUGAAGGUCAGCUGAAGAAUCCCCGUGGCAUCUGUACAGACAGGGCGGGGAACAUCAUCGUGGCAAACACGGGAAACAGCCGCGUGGACAUGUUUGACAAGACAGGAAAAUUCCUCAAACACAUCACUACAGGUAUGAGGGGGCCAUACGCUGUUGCCAUGGCAACACAGGGACAGCUGGUAGUAACUGAUAGUGCAAAGAACACUGUCACCUUAUUCCAAAACUUCUGA